AUGUGUCCCAUGCUUCUCAAUCGCAUAUCCGAUGGCCCUGUCAUUGGCCUUCCUCCUUCCCAGGAACACGCCUUCGCUCAGUUCCCCUCCCAGUCCCUUUUGGACACACCUAAUGGCUUGCAUGGUUGCAGUCCCAGCUCCAAUACGACUUUUGUCGGCAAUGGAUCUACCUCGGCUGCCCACGGCGCAGGCAAUACAGCCGCACCCGUCCCAUCUAAGCCAUCUCGCAAGAGAUCGCGUGACGAGGCGUCUUUCGAAGAGGCCACCACUAGCACACCUCCAGUCCCCAAGCCCGCUCCGGCUCCGAAGUGGGAACCCAUCUAUGGCGAAGGAAUGGUCCUCUUGAACCCUCAAACUGGACUGGCAGUCUCCGCGGAAAGUCAAACUGGAACAUGGUAUGAGGAAUCCGCGGAGGCACAAGCUGCCGCCAAGCCCCCGGUCUCGUCACGUUCAAUGGAACUCGAAUCCGAUGCGGCCGAGCUCAGUCGGAAGUCUCAGCGGCUGGACGUGUCUGCCCCUGGCCUGGAUGACAUUGCACUUUCUUCGAUACAGCAGCGCCUGAACGGCUCUGAGAUGGCUGAUCAGCACCGCACCCUCAAUGGCGGAUCAACACCUCCCCAUGAGCCACUUAUCGAUGAUGCCACCCGCCUCCUCGGCAUCAGCUGGCAACGUAUCGACAAUGAAGGUGACAUGGCCCCAGCUAUCCGUGGGUGGACCAAGUAUAUCGACAAUGAAUUCGGCGCCUACUUGCAUGGCUCACAAAUGCUUCUGAAGUGCCGUGCUCUCAAUGCCUUCCUCGUGGCUGCAACCCCAGUGUCUUCAAUGUCACCAGCUUUCUAUCUUUUCAAUGAAGACCUGACCCAGGCACAGCUUGUUGCUUCUUCGUGGGACGCCUGCGUGCAGAAUUUGCGCCACAAUCCCAUUGUCUUCGAGGGUGCGGCGCCAAUUGCUGCCGCUAGUCAAUCAAAGACUCUGUCUGCAACUCCUUUUACAACCGCGGACUCCGGUGUACCUCUCCUCCAGCAAGCCCUUGCAGGUCAGCCAAACGUGCCUGGGACGGGGCUGAACGGGGGCGUCGACACGGGAAUGGAGAUCGAUUCGUGA